AUGCAUGGUUCAUAUAGAUUAAAUAGUAAUUAUCCAAGAAUACAAUCUGAAUAUACCAAUGAUGAAACAAUACCAUGUAUGAGUAAUUGCAAAAAACAAAUGAUAAUGGUAGAAAGUCAUCAUUCAAAUGGAAAAAAUUGUAUAACUUCAAGUAGAUUAAUUAAAAAUGGUAAAUUUAAAAAGAAUUCUCAUAUAUGGAAAGAAGCAAGCUGCCAGAGAAAGUGUGUUUUAUGCUUUUUUGUUAAUUCUAUUCUAAUAUUAACAGUUUGUAUAUUAUUUUUUCUUUUAAAUUGGUUAUCUGGAACAAGUAUUAUAAAGUUAUCUAUGGGCCAGGUUUGUAAUAUUUUUUUUUUAACAAAUAUCUGUUUAAUAAAUUUACAGCAUGUUGAUCUUACGAAUGAAUUAACUAAAACUAAUGAUAAAAAUUUAUUAAAUUCAAAUAUAAUAUCCCAAACUAACAAUUUAGUUGAAAUUGCACGAGAAUCCUAUAAUUUAUCAAAUUCAAAGCCAAUUGAUCAUAAUCUUUUAAGUAAAGUUUACCCACCAAAAGUAGAAAGAUCACAUAUUGAUAUAUCACAUGAAUCUAAUUCUCAUGAACAAUUUCCUAUAAUAUAUAGUUUAACACCAAAGUUAAACAAUUCAAUUAUUCCUAUUCAUUAUGAUAUAAAUCUCGAUUUUACUGAAGUCUCUUCACAAACACAUGUACUUGGUCAAAUAUCGAUUGUUCUAGAAAAUAAACUUAAUAUAUCAAAUAUUAAAGAAAUAAAAUUUCACGUUGCACCAAAUAUUUUUAUACAAAGAAUAAGAUUAAGAGCAGGAAAUAAAGCAAUUAAUAUAAAUGCAAUAAAAAGGCAAAAGAGAUAUAAUCUUAUUGUCCUUCAACUGACUGAAAAUCUUAUUCAUACAAAAUAUUUAUUAGAAAUGGAAUUUAGAACAAAAAUUUGUACUUAUGAUAACGAUGGAGUUCAAUGUAUCAAAAAAAAUGAUGAAAUUGUUGGUUUUACAACAAAGUUUGAACCUUUUUAUGCUAGAACAUUUAUUCCAUGUUGGGAUUCACCUAAUUUUAAAACAACUUUUAAUGUUUCAAUUAAACAUCAUCAUAAUAAAGUAGUUCUUUUAAAUACAGCAAUUGAAAAAAAAAUGGAUAUUUUAAAUAAUGAAAAUAAUGAACCAUUAGUAUUAACUAAAUUUAAAAAAACACCUUUAAUGUCUGUUUAUUUAUUAGCUUUUGUUUAUGGUGAUUUUAUUAGUCUUGAAACAAGAUCAAAAAGAAAUAUAUCUAUUUCAAUAUAUACUGAUCCAGAAGAUAUAUAUUUAACACAUUUUGCAAGUCAAUUUACACCAACAAUGCUUGAUGAAAUUGAAAGUCAAUUUAAUUUCCCUUAUUCAAUGGAAAAGAUUGAUUUAGUUGCUACACCUACAUUUUCUGUUGGUGGUAUGGAAAAUUGGGGAUUAAUUAUAUUUCAUUCUAAUAUGUUAUUAAUAACAAAUGAUUUUUCAAGUUCUCCAAAUUUAACUAUUGAUUAUUUUCAUGAAAGAUUAAAAAUUGAAAAAAUUGUAACUCAUGAAUUGGUGCAUCAAUUUUUUGGUAAUCUUGUUACACCAAAUGAUUGGAGUGAAAUAUGGUUAAGUGAAGGUUUUGCUACAUAUUAUGUUUAUUAUUUUUUAAAACAAAAACAUUUUUCAAUAAUGGAACAUGAGUAUAUGUUAAGAUUAGUUGACUUUUUUGAAUCACAAACAGGUGAAGAAAAAACUUCACUUAUUUUACAUUUUACAAAAGAAAGUAUCUGUUCAGAUAUCUUUGAUAGUAUUGGAAUAUAUAUUCGUGGUUCUGUUGUUGUAAAAAUGAUUGAAAAUUUAAUUGGAAUAGAUUCUUUUCAAAAUAGUAUGAUAAAUUACCUUUCAAAUAAUGCUUACAAAUCUGUUGAUAGAAAUGAAUUAUAUGAAGCAUUACCAAAAUUUAUUAUUUGGGGUAAAGAAACAAGUGAUUUUAAAAAAGUAUUAGAAACAUGGUUAAAUAAUCCUGGUAUUCCAGAAGUAAUAAUUACAAGAAAUUAUAAUAUUAAUACAAUAAGAAUAAUUCAAAGGAUAUCUGAUCAAAAUAAAUAUAAAAUCUUUCUUAAUGAUUACAUUCCAGAGGAUGGUAUUGGACAAAAACAUAAUAAUAAAAGAUCAAAUAAACAAAUAGAUGCUAAAGCUUAUUUGACUAAUAUAUCAUAUAACAAAGAUAAUGAUAAAAAUAGUAAACAUACAGCACCAAAGAUUAAAGUUCAAACUGUUGAUGAUAGUAGUGAUAAACGAAUUUUAGAACAUAUGUUAACUUUAAAUAAUAAAAAUGAUUUUUUUAGUCAAACUUUAUGGAAUAUUCCUUUUAUUUAUCAAUUUACAUCAGAAAAAAAUCCCAAACAAAUAUUGACACGUCAAUUUUGGUUAAAUAAUGAAACAAUAUUAUUUACAGAUAAAGAUAUUUCACCAUCAAUACCUUUACUUGGAAAUGUUAAUUGGUUAUUUCCUUUUAAAAUAAAUUAUGAUUUAGACAAUUGGAAAAUGUUAAUAAAAUUACUUCAUACUAAUUACAUGGAAAUACCAAUAAAAUCAAGAAUACAAUUAAUUGUUGAUAGUAAAACUUAUCUUAAACAUUCAGGAUUUCCUGAACUAUAUAUACAAUUAUUGGGAUAUUUACAAUAUGAAACUGAACUUGAUGUUAUACUAUUUGGAAUUGAUAGUAUUUAUGAUAUCGUAGAUUAUUAUAGAGGAACAUCAAUAAAUCGUGACAUUAUUCUAUAUUUUAGAAAAUCAAUUGCAAAUAGUGAUAAUUUUUUAAAUCAAGUUGGUGAUGAUCCUGAAAUUGCUGGGUUAUGGUUAAUAGAUGCUACAAGAAUAUCAAAAUUAUAUAAAUUAAGAUGUCUUGCAGAGUUAGAAACAUGUAAUGAAGAAGAUUUUAAGAACCAAUGGAUCAAGAGACCAACUGAUUUGAAUGUUGAACAAUAUCAACAAAUAACUGGUAUUUGUCAUUAUUUAUAUAAAAAUGCUGGAUAUGAUGAAAUAUCUUUAUUAAGCAAAUUUUUAAGUCGUAAAUCACAGCAAUGGACUGUAAAUGUAGCAUUAUCAAGUUGUGUUAAUGAUGAUCAAUUACUAAGACAAGUGGUAAAAAAAAUUAUUGACACAAAAAAUGCUGCUGUUUAUAUGUCUGUUCUUGAAAGUGUUUUUUCUCUUCAUUACAAUUUUGGCUUCAGAAGACUUUUUUGGGAAAAAAUAGGACAACUAUCAACAUCAGAAAAAUUGAUAUUAUUUGCUGUAAAUACUGGAAAAUCUGACUAUUUGGCAAAAUCUUUAUUACAUUCUAUAAGAUCUUUAGAAGAACUUGAUAUUGCUUUUAAAGUACUUGAUUCAUGGCCAACUGUUUUAGAAAGAAAUAUUGAGUAUAUUAGAAGAAAACUUCAUUGGAUAGAAAAAGAAGCUUCAAAACGGGUUGUUAAAUUUUUAAAAGAAAGAUUUUUAAAUGCAUAA